AUGGCGUGUGUGCAAGCGGGCCUCAGCGAUGAUGAUUUUGUGGGCCCGGCAGUACCCACCACAGCUUACAAAUCAUCUGACGACACACUCGAAGAUAAGUUGCGUAUAAUAGAAGAACGCAUGCGUAAAACCAAAGAUCAAUUGAACAACAAAGGCAAAGAAGGUGACGAUGCGCCUGUACGAGAGGCCUGGAUGAUGGAGCUACCCCCGGAACACAGUCUGUCGAUAGCCUCAAACCUUACAGCCAG